AUGGGUUUCAUAAUCGAUUCCUUUUGUUAUUUCUGGCAGGAACAAACUAGGAUGUCGCUGAAAGCUGUCUUUGUGACUUUACUGGCCUUUUGUCUGCUGGGAAUAUUCAUCAAUUACUUUGCAACCAUCAGUUCAGUGAGCCUCUGGCUUGUGGACCGUUCACACAUUGAACUCAACAUGUUGAAAUUAUUUCUUCCAUCCAACGACGGCAACGCUACAGAAAAAGAAUCAACAGUGAAUCGUGAAAACAGUGAAUCAGUUGUUAGUUCUGUGAAGAAAAAUUCCACAAUUUCAAAAUUUAACAGCACCUUUAAAAGUGACACCCCAGAAGUAUUUCCCUCUACAACAACGAUGACCUUUAACACCUCCCUAGUUGUACAGUGCAAGGAGUCGCCAUUCAUAGAAUGUGUUCCUCAAACAAUAACGCCUUUAUCAAAGAAGGUGUUUAACAUUGUUUAUUUCAAACCCCCAGACUGGGAGUCGCCCCAGAAUUACAAGCUAAAUUAUUGUCAUAUAAACACAAACCAGUGUAGGAUAUCAGGUGGACCAGUCACAUCUGAGACAGACGUGGUAAUCAUUUAUGGAGCACAUCUCCGUGAUAACAUCAAGCCUCCGAAGAGAUGGCCAAACCAGACCUACAUCCUUAGCAAUUGGGAACCACCGAUGCAUGUACACUCGGAUUUUUUAAAAAAUGAAAACUCUCCUUGGAAUGCUCACAUUAACCUCAUCAUGACCUACCGACUGGACGCUGACGUCUUCAUUCCAUAUUCUCAUCUUAAAUUUCGACCGAAACCUUUGGAACAGAGACCGGAUUACUAUAAGAUCGCACAGAACAAGACCAAGACGGCGAUGUGGAUCGUUAGUAAAUGUUCGACACCAAACAAGAGAUGGGAGUACGUCAAGGAGAUGCAGGUAAAUCAAAAGUAUAUUGACGUAGAUAUCGGUGGAGCUUGCGGACACCCCUGCAGCAGAUCGCACUUGAACUGCGACAACUGGGCCACCGAAUAUAAAUUCUACCUCUCCUUCGAGAACUCUCACUGCAAGGAUUACGUCACUGAGAAGUUCUUCAAGUUAUUUGAGCAAAAUGUUCAUGUGAUUCCUGUUGUAAGAGGCAGUGCUGAUUACAACAAAUACUUCCCUGAGUUUACCUUCAUCAACACUGCUGACUUUAAGACGGCGAAAGAUUUGGCUCUUCAUUUAAAACAUUUGGCCUCUGAUCUACAGACGUACAGCAAGUACUUAGAAUAUAUAGACCUUUACUUAAAAUCUCCAAAUAUCGAUCACUUGUGUGGGAUUUGCUCGUUUGUGCAAACUCAUGAGUUACCCGCUUCGAAAGCGUACAAUUUGAGAAGAUGGAUUAAUGACAACCAUUGUUACAAUCCUACAGAUAUCUAA